AAAAGCACUCCCGAGGUUACUUCACGAUAUCAUGUGGCCAAAGUCAUACACGCGCAGGUACACGCAGAGUGCAGAAAAACAAGUCGCCUGCUGCCCUCGACUGCGGCAGGGUGUAAUUUUCGAGGUGCUGUGAAAUCAGUCAAUAAUUCUACGUAACUUUAUAUCCCUUUUAAGAAUCAUUUAAAAUGUGGAAGUUUGUGUCUCGCGGAAUUCGUGAAUCCCUUGAACGUCGUGCAAAUUGUAGCACAAAUAUAUAUUCGCACACUUCACAAGAUGGCACCCUUAAAAGUGAGGUUAACCCUACCAGAACCGCUUGCGCUGUUGAUCAACCACGAAAAAUCGGAUGUCUGAUCACUCGGUACAUCAAUAUUUGUCGUGGCAUCCAAGCUGCGAACCCAACAACUUACAAGAGCCGAGGGUCCCGUUGGAACCCGAAAUAUUCAUGGGGUGAAGCUGUCGAAUGGUCUGGACUUCUGGCUGUUGGAUGGAUAAUUUGCCAGUCGCUGUGCUUUCAUCGGAGAAUCCUUUGUCCUGAUCUAGAUUCGGUUUGGCGUAAACGAAUAUCGCAAGUACACGAUGUUCGCAUUUCGCAAAUCCUAGGUGCUCUUUUCUGCCUCGAACCUCGUCAUGUAUUGCCAAUAAGUAACUGUGUUGGAAAUCACAGUGAAAACGAUGCAGGGGAUAAGAAUAUUCAGGAUUUUAAUUUGAAUUCCCAAACACCCUACGGUCCGAUCACCAUCGAAGAGGCUCUUCAAGAUGCAGGUAAUGAUUUUACUCGCAUUCAUAGAAUAGUCAUGGGAGAGUAUGAAUUCCAAAUGGGAAUGAAGGCUCUUGAAGAAAAGCGUUAUAAGGAGGCAGUUAAGCAUUUCACAACUGGAGCCAGUCUCUCUUCUUCAUCGAGUAUGUUUAACUUGGCUCUCUGUCAUGAAAUGGGACUUGGAACUCUCGUUGAUCAGAAGGAAGCCGCUAGGCGAUAUCAAGCUGCUGCAGAAAACGGACAUGCAGACGCAAUGUACAACUUAGGAGUUUUUCAUGCUCAAGGGCGAGGUGGACUUCAAGUAAAUAUGCAAAAGGCUCGAAAGUUGUUCACCGAAGCAGCUGAGCUGGGUCAGCAGCAGGCCAAAUACGCGCUCACUUUGGACAAACCUAUUGCUAAUAAUCGGCAGAACGUCGAUGAACAGGAAAUUGUUAGGUGUUUGCCGGUAGAUAAAGUUGCAAAUGUCAAUACUGGUGGCAAUCUACUUGUGCAACUUGUAGGAUUAUGAGACAAAACAGCUGUGAAUUGGAGGAAGUUUUUCAGUUUGAUUGAUUCAUCCAUCAAAAAACGAUGGGUCGAAGAUAUGCGCUCCUAUGAGACGUCUGCUGACUCUCCAAAGGACAAGACUUUGAGCGAGUCAGGUCCUGUAACCUCAGGAUCAGGUAUGUUGCAAGGUUUUUUUUUGAUACCUAUAAUAGGUAUUGUGAAAGUAUUAAGGGUCCGCGGAAUGCGAUACGAAUCAUACAAGAGAAUUUGUAAAUAAUAUCAGGGAUCUUUCAAUAUGGACGUGUCUGGCAGGAUCUCAAUAUACAAAUACAUAUAUUGAACACUGUAGAUCUUGAGCAGCAAGAUAUGUUAGGUAAAUGUGGACGACUCCUUAAAUUUUUCUGUAGUUAUACCAUGUACCUACUAUAACGGAUAUAGAGCUAAUUGAGAAGCUAUCUUCUAAUUUUUUUGUACAGAGGGAACAAUCAUUCUUAUUGUUGGAGUAAGUAUUGCUAGACCGAAUUCAAUUCAGUUUUUUUUUUCUUUUUUUUUUGUAUAAGAUUUAUGUAUUUUCAGAUAACGCUUUUUAGGUUCCAUCUCGACAAACUAAGAAUGUUGAUUUAGAAUAAAUGUUUUUCUGUGAAGUAAGGAUUAUUAUUAAGGUAUAGAAAUAAAAGAGAACGAUUUUUUUAUUCAUAUA